AUGGAAACGCCAUCCGACUUCAAGCUUACUCCAGAGCAGAUUGCCACUUUCAUGCGUCAUGGAUGGGUGCGCGUGCCCCGGUGCUUCUCCAAGGAAAAGGCCGCCGAGUGGACCGCAGAUGUAUGGACGCGUCUCGGAUGCUCACCCACAGACAAGUCAACCUGGGAGACUGAAAUCACAUGGAUGCCCGAGCAUAAGUCGGAACCGGUCAAAACGUUUGCCCCUAAAGCCUGGGCUGCCAUCUGCGAGCUUCUUGGGGGUGAGAGUCGCGUCGCAGAACACUCUACCACCUGGAACGAUGCCUUCAUCGUCAAUCUCGGAAGUGAGGAUACGGUUGGAAAAUGGCUCAAGCCCACCGAUCUAGAUGGCUGGCAUGUGGAUGGGGAUUUCUUUACCCACUUCUUGGACUCGCCCGAGCAAGGUCUACUGGUCAUUCCCCUCUUCACUGAUAUCCAGGAGCGUGCCGGUGGUACCAUGGUUUGCUCGGAUGCUAUCAAGGUGAUCGCACAGUAUCUGUAUGAUCACCCCGAAGGCGUGUCUCCGUAUAUGGUUCCUCGAGGGUCCAAACAGUCCAAGAAGGACUUCGAAGAUUUCUACGACGACAUAAUCCAGAAAUGUCACGAAUUUCACGAAAUGACAGGCGAGAUUGGCGACGUGAUUCUUCUCCACCCCUGA